AUGUCGCCUGCAACUCUUCAAGUCAAUUCGACCUCCAAGUUGCCCUCGCCCGGGUUCAACGCCGGUGCGCGACCCUAUCGAUCCCACAAAGUUCGCGCGUGCGAUCUCUGUCGCAAGCGCAAAUCUCGAUGCACGGUCGACAUCCCCGGUCAAUCCUGCCUCCUGUGUCGCGUGCAGGGAGCCGACUGCCACUACCAAGAGGAAGGAAACGUCGACGCCUCGGCCUUGAGCACAACUGAAUCUCAGCCAUGGGCGGGAGCGCAGCCGGUGAAGCCCGAGCCGGCAUCGGGGCAUAAGCGCAAGCGUAGUCCCGACUCCCGCCCGUCAACAAAUGGACCCAGUCCGCAGGGAACAAUAUCCUCGUCUGGUCGGCGAGGAAGUGACUCUCGGCGCAAAGAAUACGACGAUCCUCACAAUGAGUCAGUGCUCAUUGUCGGGCCGAUGGUUGCGGAGGAUGCGCAGGUCAUUGAGAAGCACAUGCCUCCGGAGCGAUCCAGUUUUUCCGAAGAGCCCAACAGCCACCCGUACAACAUCUACUCAAGCGAUCCCAGGAAGCCCGUUCUCUACACCACCAUCUCUCGGCGGAGGAAAGGCAUGCGCCAGGGCGUCCCGCCUGGUGAGAACCAGAAGGAGAUUCUGGAGCAAAUCCUGGGCCCAUUCAAACACGAUUUGGUCCGACUCUUUAUCGACCGGUUCAAUGUCGCAUUCCCUAUCUUCGAUGGCGAGCAGUUUUGGGAAUCUUAUAUCUCCGAAUCGUUGGAGGAUCCUCCCGCCUCGCUGUUGUGUCAGGUUUAUUCAAUGUCACUGGUGUAUUGGAAACACGCUGAGAAACUUGCCUGUCAUCCGAAGCCCGAUGUUCGAUAUGCGGUCAAUAUGACCGUGGCUGCAUUGCACGAAGAAUUCUCUGCGCCGGGCCUGUCGACGAUCAGUGCUGCGCUCAUCGAUCUGACCGGACGGCCCAUCUUCUCCAUGACAGGAAAUGCGGUCAGCUGUGGCCGGAUGCUAUCUUUGGCCAACUGCCUUGGUUUGAAUCGCGACCCGAGCCUGUGGAAGCUUUCACAACAAGAAAAGGACCAACGAAUCCGGCUUUGGUGGGGUGUAGUAAUUCACGAUCGCUGGGGAAGCUUCGGUCACGGUGUACCACCUCAGAUCGCGAAAACCCAAUACGACGUCCCCCUCCCUACAGUCGACGGACUGGUUCCUUCGAACAUUCGCACUACCGAGCGUGUGCGAGCAGCUCAUUGCCAUAUCUUCCUGUGCAAGUUGACCGAGAUUUUGGGUGAAUUGCUACCAUUGGUCUAUGGUUUGCAAGCGAAGCCUGCACGCGAGAGCUCCAAGAAGCUGAGGCAGAUUCGAACGGAUCUGGACAUGUGGGAGGAUUCCCUUCCGGAUUGGUUGAGAUCACCAGUCCCCCACCGCGGUGAGCAAGUGUAUGCAUCAAGCAGCUUGCAGCUCGCUUUCCUAGCCGUCAAGAUGCUAGUCAGCCGCGUGGAGUUGAAUGAGGUGAACAAUGCGGAGACAGACAACCCCGAAGCGCGUCGUUACUUCCAGACAGAGUGCCGCAGAUCCGCGGAGGAGAUUGUUCGAUUCAUUUCUUCUCUGCGCAAAGAGCAUUUCAAGGAAUUCUGGUUACCCUACAGCGCGUUCCAUCUCACUUCAACGGCAACUCUUCUGGUGCGCUCCGCUCUUGAAACCGAUGACACGGAAGUCGCCCGGUCCUGUCUUUCCAAUGUCGAGACCCUGCGCACGGUACUGCGCCGAGUACGCGAGGAGGAAGAUUGGGACGUCGCCGACAUGUGUCUAGAUCACUGCGAACGAAUCAUGCACCGACUUCCCGGUACCGGCGCCGCAAUAGAUCAGACAUUGUCUGCCGCAUUGGCGGACAACGGACUGGUCAACCCAGCCGCAAUUUCGCUACCGGAGACGCAAACCAACAACGACAUUGUCGAUGACAUGAUGUCCAUUUCUAAUACAUUUGGCACGAUGGACGGCUUCCCAUUCGACAUGACGGGUAUCUGGGAUGUCUCUGUUUUCCAAGACGUCAACCUGACCUAA